AUGGCAACACACCACGAGAUGCCAGCCGCCGCGCUCAACGGCCAUCCGCAAUCACCACCCAUGACGCCUACUCCUCAUACCAUUAGUCGCUUCCCGCCGCCAAAAUUCUCAACCUCUCCAAUACAUCGACGCGUAAGCAACUUCAUCCAGACACCUCCACUGGAGUACAUUGAACCGACCGGACACGACUAUCACUUCAGCUUCACACGCCCGCAAUCGUGCCCGGCAUCUUCGCGUCUGUCGUCAGAGUCCGACAGAGCUUAUCCGGCAACAACGUUGGAGGGAUCUGAAUACGAGACCGACUCUGAGGAGGAAUGCGAAUCGGAUCAAGAAAGUGAACAAGAAGAGGAGAUACCGAUGCGUCGGGUAGAGAAAGCCCAAUUCGUACUCGAAGAACUGGACAGCGAUCCAGGCUACGACUGUGACGUAGAGGUAGUGCGACCAGACCAUUGCGAAGAUGCAAGGAGCGAAAGGAGCGGCACAAAGGCAGCGAUAUUCGCCAGAAUGAACGAGCUACAGCUCGAAGAAGACACUUCAGAAGACGAGGAAAGGGAGCGGAUCUACCUAAAGAAGAAGAAACGAUGGAGCGCAGGCAUUUUCAAGCGCAGCCACAGCCAGAGCGUGGAAGGAGACAGCAGUUACUCCGACGAUGACCCUCUCGAUGACAGGGACCAGAAUGCUCGCCGACUGCGCCGCCGCGUCCGAGGGCCUAGAAGAGGCUCGCUUAUCUUCGAAGACCGUGGCUUCUCGAACACGAAUAACAUUGCGGAGGUUGAGGAACCUGACGAAGGAAGGGUGCUACACUCCAAGGGACCGCCAUCCAUCCCUAGUGAUGACGCCUUUACUCUAGACGAGCUGCCGUUCUGGGGAGGGCACAACAUGAUGGAGAUGGAAUUUGAGUCUGACCAGGUGUCAGAAUUAUGA